AUAACGUCACGCGAUUUCAAUGAAAUGAAAUCAGUCAUAAAUCCGAUUACGAAGUAAAGCGGUCGGUCAGGUGGUAAAGAUAACGCGUUAAGCAAAAUGAUGAAUCAGUUAUCGAAGUUUGUGUAUUUCUUUCCGUUUCUUUAUCAGUCCGGUGUUAUGAUCGCGUCGUAGCGCACGGCUCUUGAUACUCGAACCCAGUCGAUUUUAUGUGGCCCGAACGAAAGACAGGCACAAGGAUUUUACAAUUAUGAUGCCUAUGGUGUAUACAGUGUACGGUUUUGCGAUAUUCUUUAUAAUCGCAUGGGUGUGUUUGUGGUUAAUUCACAUUAUGGCUUUUUCAUACUCGAAGUGGAAGCUGCACCGAACGGUGGACCGGUCGCCACCGGAGUUGCCGUACCCCGGCGUGACGAUCUUGAAGCCACUCACCGGCGUUGACCCCAACCUGUUCUCGAACAUAGAGACGUUCUUCACGCUCGACUAUCCGACUUACGAAAUCUUGUUUUGCGUGGAGAACGAGCACGACCCAGCCGUGAUGCUGGUGAAUAGUUUGCUGCACAAGUAUCCGCAUGUGGAAGCGCGGCUCUUCGUGGGGGGAACGCGCGUCGGCGUCAACCCUAAGAUUAACAAUAUGCAGAAGGCUUACCUGGCGGCGCAACACCCUUUCAUCCUCGUGAGUGACGCCGGCAUCCGCAUGCGCGAGGAUACCUUGCUGGACAUGGUUCAGCACAUGCGGGAGGAUGUCGCUAUAGUGCACCAGAUGCCGUUCGCGUGUGACGCGGAGGGCUUCGCCGCUGUCUACGAGAAGGUGUUCUUCGGUACGGCGCAGGCUCGCAUGUACCUUGCGGCGGAUCUGCUCGGCAUAAAUUGCCAUGUCGGAAUGUCCUCGCUGGUUCGCCGUUGCGCGCUGGAUGAGGCGGGUGGACUAGCCGCCUUCGCGGAUUACUUAGCCGAAGACUAUUUUAUCGCGAAAGCAGUGACGGGGCUCGGUUGGCGUAUGCGAGUAGCGUCCCUGCCAGCGCUGCAAAACGCGGGCGCCCGGUCAGUGGGCGCGCUGCAGGCGAGGCUGAAGCGCUGGGCGCGGCUGCGCAUCGCUAUGGUGCCCACGACGGCCAUGCUGGAACCUCUCAGUGAGUGCCUGCCGCUGGGCGCGGGCGCUGCCUGGGCGGCCGGCGAGCUCUUCGGCGCGGAGCCCCUUCCAUUCUUCCUUGUGCAUGUGCUAGUGUGGUUUUUAUCUGACUGGUUGAUGCUCCGAUCAGUGCAAAAUGGUUCACCACCAUUCACAAAAGUACAAUUCCUAUUGGGGUGGGUGUGGAGUGAGUGCUGUGCGCCAUUUGUUUUGGCAGCAGCGCUACUGAACCCAGAGAUCUCAUGGAGGACUCGGUGCUACCGGCUGGACUGGGGCGGCCGUGCCCAUGAACUCAAACCUAAGCUCAAAUUCUGAGCAUGCCCAGUUCCGUACUUGAAAAAGCUUUAAUUUGAAAGUAGUUUACUUUGUAAAUUACUGCUGUGUGAAUGUGUGGAUGGUCCUUUUUAGUUCUAAGUGUUUAUUUUUAAUUUCUAUUUAUAGUUUUGAAAGGUGGAUACUUUUGUUUUAGAAAGAAUUGUACAAUAUAGGAUAAAGCUUUGUUGGAUUACAUUCAAGAUAAUUGCUACUGACACUUGCAUUGGUCAAAAUUGUGAAGAACAUACUUUUUUUAUGUUCUUUUUGUAUUGUUUUUUGCAUUGAAGUUUUUCUAGUAACUUCAUUUUUGUUUGAUAAAAAAGUUAUAAAUAGUAUGGGCAGAUGUGUACGUUAUCACUGAGCAGUACCACAUGAUGCUAUCAUAGACAUGAUGCGAUGAUUCAGCCUCUUAUCAAAUAUUUAUGCUAAAUACUUGAGUUUAUUGAUAUCAUACUCAUAAUGUAGAUAGUUGUGAAUCACUUUAAUUAAUGUUACAUGCCUGUACUGAAGUUUGAAACUUAUGGAAUUUACAAGAAAAUUCCAGUCUCUGUCAUCAUAUAAAUAUGCUGGCAUACAAACAAAUUUCUAGACAGACUAGAUGUCAUAACCAGUAGCUGUUAUAGGGAACCCAGUGAUCACAUUUCAACCACAAAACCAUUUGAUAUGACUCUAUAUUCUAUCCAUUUCUUAAGAACCUUGAAAUAUAAUCUCUUAUAUGAAUUCAUUUGUGAACAUUUCCUUACAAAGUGACUGUUGUUCUAUUCUAAAAAUAUGUACAGGGUGUACUCAUAAUAUACAAACAAUAUUCUCUAAUAUUCUGCUAAUUUUAAUUUCAUCAAUACAUUCAUUUUAAGUAGGUACCUUUGGACAAGUUUAGUACAGGCUGGCAAAAAAGGGAUGAGUGGUAUUAUAAAUACAACAAAUUAAUAUAGUACUUGUGUGUAAUGAUAAAAAACACCUUUUACAUUACUAACUCAGUACAACCAGUGUUACCUGGCAGAAUGUGUCAUUUACCAUCUACUUUUUGCCAUACUGUAUAUACGUAGAAAUGUGUGAUAAGAUAACAUGUGAAUUAUUAUAAAAACUUACAGGUCUGAUAUGGGACCAAAAACCAUGAAGAUUUAUUUUGUGAUUUCUAAAGUGAAAACAUUUUUAUUUACAGAUAGUUUAGGCGUAAUGUUUGUACCAAAGAGUUGUCGAGAUUUAAGACUGUAGGUAGAAAGGCUGGUUGAGUAUUACUAAAGACCUUUGAGGCGAGUAUAUAAAAAAAAAUAGACCAACAAUUUUGGUAAUUUAUUAGAAUGUAUAAAGAUAACGGAAUGUGCUGCAAGGUGUGCACAAACGAGGCCUCCAAGCAAUUUUUGCGCAGUUCCCAUUUCCGGGAAUGUGACUCACGGCAAAUUCGAGGCGCGGGCGCGACGUUCUUUGCUGUGAUCCACAAACUGCAAAUGUUUUAAGUUGCAAUAUAUGCGCAGUUUCGAGUAAACCAUAUUACUAGAAUUCUUAUUAGAUUUUUCAUGUUCGUCGCAAGUUUAAAUCGUCUAUUAUUACGUAAAGAUUUUUAAUAUUCUGCAACUAUUAUUUAUUACUUUGAUUUUACUCUACGUGCUAUAAAUUGUAUGUUAUGUAGUAAUCAGGCUCGGAAGUGACGCAGCCUUGAGUCACAUGAGCAUGAAUGACUUAUUCUGUUUUGUCAAACCAUUUACUUCAUGUAUGUAGGUAUGUAAGUUCAAAAUAAAUAAUGAUGAUUAUUACGAAUAUAGCCUAGCGGAAGAUAUUUCCCCCGAAGUUUGAAACUUCUAUUGUAUUAAUAUAUUUUUAAUUAGCGGACGUACAACGGCACUACUUUUGAUCAGUCGACAAUUUGUAAAGAGCAAUGCAUACAUGUACCAGUUCUAAAUAAGAUUAUCUACAGUUUUAUUUGCAGUAAUUAUAAUUUGCACAAAAUAGUAUGUAACUUAUCUCCAGCCAUAUUGUGCAAAUUCCACUUUGUGCAAAGAAGAUUGUUUAGCUAAAGCUGCAAAUAUACAUUGCUGAGACUUGUAACUUUUUAAAGGUCUGCGGUAGAUGCUUAACCAGAUACGUCCAAAGGUACUUUAUAUAUUACUUUACGCAAAUAUAUUUCUGUAAUCUUGCCAUAAUAAUACUUAACAAUGCAAACCAAUGUUUAUAAUGACAUUAUUUUAAGUACAUAUUUAAAGUUGUAAAAGGCGCGCGUAUUCUAAAUCUGUCAAAUUUUGAAUUUGCAUCGAUUAUUAGUUAAACAUUUAAAUUUACAUGUCGGAACUAUAACCCGACGCCGUUUCCAUGCCGGAUUGCCAGCGAAAUGUGCUUCACUAGCUACGAUUCGGUGCGGGGUUCACCUCCAUUCUGCCGUAUAUAUACGUAUUAGGCGGAAUAUACAUAUGUAUAUAUAUAUAUGGUAAAUGUAUGGUAUAUUAAUAUGUAUACAUAUUAUAUAUAUGUUCAACUUAAAAGACCUUCACCUAUGUAUAAUCUAAUUGCGUAAUAUAAUUAACUGCCCAGUUACAGACUUAAUUCAACAAACGCUUAUUCAGCUGUCUACACGUGACAAUUUUACAAGUCAUUAAGAUAAUUUACUUUCUCACGAUAUGUCGUGAAAAGGUAAUUUUAUUUUAUCUACCUACUUACUAGAUAUACCUAUUACCUAAAACCUAUGAAUAUACUUUCUACUAAACUAGCGGCUCGCUAUAAUACCACUAGAGUCGAUUCAUUCUUUGAAAUAUUUAUCCUCUCAGACGACGCCCUGACCCGAAGGUCGCGCCCAACUGGGCACCCUCAGGCCUGUUGUCUUAAACGUUGUACCGGGUGAGAGGCUUCAGCGCUUCUCAUUUGUCCGGCCAAGUAGUUAAUGCCAUCUGCGGCAAAUCUACAAUAAGUCAUAAAAAAAGCUCGCUAUAAUGGCAGUUUUUGCGUUAGUCCCGCUUGUCAUGAUUUUGUUCAUAUAGUUAUAAACUAUAUUGAUGGGGCGAAUUGCUAUACUUUAUUAUAUCAAAACUCCAUCAUAGCGGGUCUCUAGUGUACUAUGCUCAGACCACUUACGAACUGUAGAGGUUGAAUCCAUACUCCAUGGAGCAUACUUUAUCCGUUGACCAGUUAGCGUAUUUCGUAGUUUUGAUAGACAAAAAAGAUCUGUAGAAACUCAAAAUCAAAUUCAUUUAUUCAAUGUAAUUUUUUAAGAUUAACUUGUCGAUUGUGAAAUUUCUCUAUAUAUUUCAAUUUGAUAGGAAAUUACGUUAAAUAAUAAUAUGAAUAAAUAAAAAAAAAACAAAUAAUAUGAAUUUGAUUUUGUCUUUUCACUUAACAAAAUACGUCUAUAAGAACCGUUUUAGAAAGGGGUAGCGUUUCAGGCAGGUACAUGACAAAUCUGUAUAACCUCACCCCACAGAGAUCUUUUUUCUAAGAACCAAGGACUCAGGCAUUUCAUUUGAUUCAUUAAUUAAAUAAGCGAUAGGAUUCUGGUCAUUUGUUAACCUAUUUACGUGCGUAAAUUUAACAAUGGCUAUACCAUAGCUUGCCUGAUUAAUAGUUAUACGUAACUCGACGAAGUAUUUUAGGAUAGUAGCCAACCUACUUGUCUCAAGUUUGAAGUCGGUUAAAGGCGUAACUAUUUGCCUUACGCCGAGUUACGCCAAAUGCAAUCAAGGCUGUAUGUAGGUAGGUAGGGUCACACAAAAACGAAAAUAGUGUUUAAAUAUGACAGUAACUUGACUUGUACAAUUGUUAUUAGUAGACAAUUAGGUACCAAAAGGGACACUACGGUUAUAUUACUUAUAAUAAGUAAAUGAUUGUAUUUUAUUUCGUCGAUCCAUCUGUGAAUUGAUCUUAGACCGGUGCUUAGUCAAUGCCGCUGAGUGAACCCUUCUGUUGCCUAGUUAUAGAUAAAAAUAUAGUACAAAUGUAAACAGUGAAACAAAUUGUGUUAUUAUAACUAAAUUUUAAACUUAAAAUACAAGUUAUUAUACGCUUUUGUGACUUAUAACAAUCCAAGUAUUUUGAACAUGUCUAUCAAUGAAAAACAGCUUCAAAUUAUCAAAAAACAAAGUUUAAUUGAAUAAACUUUGCGGUGAA